AUGGCGGCAGUUGGAGAGAUGGGUAUAAUGGAAACAAAUAAGACACAGAUUAUUAACUUCAUCCUCCAAGGACUUACAGAUCGUCCAGAGCUGCAGGCGCCCCUGUUCCUGGUGUUCCUGGUGAUCUACCUUAUUACCAUGGUGGGCAACCUUGGCCUGAUGGCUCUCAUCUGGAAGGAUCCCCAACUUCACACCCCCAUGUACUUAUCCCUCGGCAGUUUAGCCUUUGCAGACGCAUGCACUUCAUCCUCUGUGACUCCCAAGAUGCUUGCACAUUUUUUAUCUAAGAAUCAUAUGAUAUCCCUGGUUGGGUGCAUGAUCCAGUUUUAUAUUUUUGCUUCCAGUGCAAACACAGAAUGUUUCCUCCUGGUAGUGAUGGCCUAUGACCGUUAUAUGGCCAUAUGUAACCCUUUGCUUUAUCCUCUAGUGAUGUCCAAUAUCUUCUGCAUUCAAUUAUUAGGUGUUUCAUUUAUUAUCGGUUUUUUUCAUCCUAUAAUGCAUGUGGGUUUGUUAUUUCGAUUAACUUUCUGCAAAUCCAAUGUAAUACAUUAUUUCUACUGUGAUAUUUUACAACUGUUUGAAAUUUCCUAUACUGACCCUGGAGUUAAUAUGCUCCUGGUUUUUGUAUUUUCAGUCUUUAUACAAUCUUUCACUUUCAUGACUAUCAUCGUCUCUUACUCUUAUGUCCUCUUGGCCAUCCUGAAAAAGAAGUCUGAGAAGGGUAGAAGGAAAGCCUUCUCCACUUGCAGUGCCCAUCUGCUUUCUGUCUCUUUGUUCUACGGCACUCUCUUCUUCAUGUAUGUGCGUCCUGGAUCUGAAUCAGCUGCAGAUCAGGACAAAAUGUAUUCUUUAUUUUACACGAUAAUAAUUCCUCUGGUAAAUCCUUUUAUUUACAGUCUGAGGAAUAAAGAGGUCAUAGGUGCAUUGAAGAGAAUAAUAAAUAAACAAACAGUUUUUAAGACAAAUUUCUAA